AUGCUGCUCGAAGCUUUCCGAUGGAACAGAGCGGAGCCAUUGAUGUCUUCACCUUCUCAACGCUUCUCGUCUUCUUCGCCAUUCCAACCUCCCAAUUUAAGACUCAUUGAUGCUCACAGCAGAGCGGGCACAGACACCGAAAUCUUCCACCGCCACCAACAAGAACACCAUCGAUGCCUUCUCAACUCUCUCCUUGCAACUCUUUUGCUUCCACGACCAGAAAUGGCGGCGCUGCUCCUUCUUCUCUCCCUCCUCCUAAUCGCCUCUCCCUCAUUCUCCUUCUUCGUGGCGUCAUCUGUUGUAGUGCAAGCUCCUGCGGAGUUUGCUCCUAAACCACCGAGCCAGGCGCACGUAGUAGAAGAAGAGCUGAGAACGAGCAGAACACGAAGUCGAAGUAGAAGGCGGCGGCCAUGGCCGCGGCCACGGCAGACAUCGCCGUCGUGCGAUCCUCUGUUCCGAUAUCUAUUCGGAGCGUGCGGACGGUGGCCGUUUCCUACCACGCCUUUCCCCGACAACCCUUUCGUCCCUUCUCCGCCGCCGCCUCCCUUUGUUCUUCCUCCGCCCGCACCACUUCGGGCGCCGCCGCUUGUUCCAUCUCCGCUACCUCCUGUGCCAAGUCCUCCACCACCUCCUGUGCCAAGUCCUCCACCACCGUCGCCGCCACCUCCGCCGCCAGUGUUCCUGCCUCCGCCUCCGCCUCCGCCUCCUUUGGUACCCUCUCCGCCGCCUCCAUUGGUUAAUCUUAAUCAUCCGCCAACGAUUCCUCGGUUUCCCUCGCCGCCUCUCCUUCCCUCGCCGCCACCUCCCCCGCCAGUGUUCCUACCUCCGCCUCCGCCUCCUUUAGUACCCUCUCCGCCGCCUCCAUUGGUUAAUCUUAAUCCUCCGCCAACGAUUCCUCGGUUUCCCUCGCCGCCGCCGCCGCUUUUAAUUCCGUUUCUUUCCUUUCCACCACCGGCAUACGUCUUCCCGACGCCUCCGGUGCCCGUAGCGGUGCUUCCUCCGCCAAGCUUUCCGGCAAUAGAGCCGCCUCCGUUGGUUCCGCUCCCACCCGCCGACCCCGAUUUCCCGGGAAUACCAUCCUCUCCCGUCGUUCCGUACGACCCACCUCCGACGGCAUUUCCGCCGCCGCUACUAGAGUUCCCGCCAUCCUAUCCUUUCCCGCCGCAAGUUCCCGUUAUCGGCACUCCCCCGUCGAGCGAUGACCACCCGACCGUUCCACCGCCGCCGUUGGUUCCAGUAGGCAGCAGCCCCCCGGAAGAAUUCCCACCACUGCCGAUGUUUCCGCCUCAAUUCCCGACGUAUGGGCCCCCUACCCUGUUUCUCCAGCCACCGUUGUUGCCCAUCGGGGACGACCUUCCGACUCCUCCUACUGGAAUAGAGCAACCGCCUAUUCCAUUUCCCCCGCCGUUGGUUCCGCUGUCCGAAAGCCCGCCGAUGUUAUUCCCUCCGGAAGUUUCAACAGACAGGGCUCCUUCAACUUCUCUUCUGCCGCCGUCGGUGCCGGUCGGAGACGCCCUCCCGAUUCCGCCGGCGGAAACAGAGAAGCCUUAA